AUGUCGCGACAAGAACUGGUACAGUGGGUCAACGAGCUGUUGCAGACGGAAAUCUCCAAGGUGGAGGAGUGCGGCAAGGGCGCCAUCUACUGCCAGAUUAUGGACUCCAUCUACGGCGAUGUGCCCAUGAGCAAGGUGAAGUUCAACGUCAAGGCGGAGUACGAGUUUCUCAACAAUUACAAGGUGUUGCAGGGGGUGUUUAAUCGGCACAAAAUCGACCGGCAGAUUCCGGUGGAAAAGUUGGUCAAGUGCCGGUUCCAGGACAAUCUGGAGUUUUUGCAGUAUUGCAAGAAGCAUUGGGACGCCAAUUGGAGCGGUCAGGAGUACGAUGCGGUGGGUCGGAGAGCUGGACGGGUCGCCACGGUGCCGUCGACAGCCCCAGGCUCCACUCCUAAUGCCACGUCAGGAAGAACCUCGGUACAGUCUCAGACCAGUGGUCGGAGCAGUGUUGUGAGAAGUCGACCGAGUGUGGCUUCGGGGGCCGCGGGCUCGGUUGGUGUUGGCGCUGGAGCCGGAGCCGGAACCGGAGCUGGAAGUUUGUCGGGGGCUUCGGGUCGAGCCAGUGUCAGUCGGCGUCCUGGUGCCUCCGGGUCGUCUCAAGCAUCGUCGGCCGCUCUAGCCAAAGCACAGCAACAGAUUGCCACUCUGGAGGCAGACGCGGUGGAGUAUCAGCAGGUGUUGGAGGGUCUCGAGACGGAACGCAACUUUUACUUCAACAAGCUGCGCGAAAUCGAGGUGUUGGUGCAGGAGAAUGCCGAGCAGAUGGACACGGUGCAGGUGGAGGGCAUGAUUCGGGAAAUUCAGACGAUUCUGUACUCGACCGAGGAGGGAUUUCAGGUGCCUGAGGAGGAGGAGGUUUUUUAG